AUGGCCACCGACCAGCACCUGAACCUCUGGCUCGCCCGCCAGCCAAAAGAUCCCAGGGAGGGAGCUCCUCCACCAUCUCCGGGCGAACCACAACCACCACGGUUGGUGCCGCCACCAGAUCUGGAGGGCAGGCAAAGGGGAACUCCAGCGGCCAGAUCGUCGGCCAGCAGCCACCCCGGCUGCCGGAAUCGACAGAUCCGGUGGAGGAGAGUCGCAGGGCAUGGGAAAUGGGCAGAGGCCCCUGCCCCUGACCCAAUCUCGCGGCGACCGGGGUGCCGAGGCCGGCGGCCGCGCAACCCCGGCUCCUCCCGGAGUCUCCCUUGCCCCGAGCACGCAGCCGACCCGAGCGCCGCCACCCGGCUGCGCCCGCCGCCGCCCGCCGAGCUCGCCGCCGAUGGCCGCGCCGCCGCCAGCCCGGCCGUCAACAUGGACGCGAGGAGCGCCAACCGCCGCGCGGGCUCGAGCCUCCGCCAGCCAGCCGCAAGGAGGGGGCCUCGCCGCCGCCGUCUACCGCACGGGCAAGGCCCGGCGGCGACCACCGGCGGCGGCGGGGCGGGGGGAGGGAGAGGUCGCGGGGCUAGGGUUUUCUCUCGGGGGGAGGGACUUGUGAACCGUGACCGCUUAGAAUCAGCAGAUGGGUAUUUCAGUAUAGCAUAG